AUGCCUGCUGGGCACCACAUGCCCGUGCACUCGUCAUAUCCUCCGCCUGGGCCAGGCUACCCAAACCACCCUUCUCACCCCAUGAACCACCCACACCACCACUCGUCACGCCCCAAUGGCCCUCCUCCCGGCAUGCCUGGAGGCGGCCCUCCAAUGUCCGUGCCGGGCCCUCCUCCCAACAUGGCCAUGAGUGUAGCGCCACCGGAGCCCAUUGGCCCUCCAACCAACGGUCCCGUGUCCAACGGUCACCACGGCACUCCGGCGCCCAGCAUGCCCAUGAGCGCAGCUCUGCGACAAGGCAAGGAGGCUAUGGAGAGCAUGAUUGCGCAGCUCAAGAGUGCUAACGAGAACACCUGGAUGCUGAUUGGCGCUGUUAGCGAGCAAAUAUCGAACCAGGAUGACGCCGCAAGCGCGUUCGACCGCGCGCUCAAGCACAACCCCAACUCGGUCCUCGCUCUCAACGCAGCAGCCACAUUGGCGCGCAGCCGAGACAAGUUUGACGAGGCGGUCGAUCUUUUCCAGCGCAUCUUGAACAUCAAACAGGACAACGGCGAGGUGUGGGGCUCGAUGGGACAUUGCUUGUUGAUGAAGGAUGACCUUCCCAAGGCCUACACUGCCUACCAGCAAGCGCUCCACUACUUGCCCAACCCCAAGGAGCCCAAACUAUGGUACGGCAUCGGCAUCUUGUACGACCGAUACGGGUCGUUUGAGCACGCCGAAGAAGCGUUCUCGAGCGUCCUCAAAAUGGACCCUGACUUCGAGAAAGCGAACGAGAUCUUCUUCCGCCUCGGUAUCAUAUACAAGCACCAGCGCAAGUACCCCAACUCGCUCGACUGCUUCCGCCGCAUCAUUUCAAAUCCACCUCGUCCAUUGACGUCCUGGGACAUAUGGUUCCAACUCGGCCAUGUCUACGAGCUCGACCGUGACUAUGUCCAGGCACGAGACGCCUACAUGCGCGUGCUUGGGCAUCAGCCCGAUCACGCAAAGGUGCUACAGCAGCUAGGUUGGCUUUACCACCAGCCGGGCGCGCCGUUUGCCAACCACGAGCAGGCCAUUGACUAUCUGACAAAGUCGUUGGAGACGGACCCUCACGACGCACAGAGCUGGUACCUCUUAGGCCGCGCGUUCAUGGCCAGCCAGCGCUACAACAAGGCAUACGAGGCGUACCAGCAGGCGGUGUACCGCGACGGCCGCAAUCCAACAUUCUGGUGUUCAAUCGGUGUCCUAUAUUUCCAGAUCAACCAGUACCGUGACGCCCUAGACGCAUACUCUCGCGCCAUUCGCUUGAACCCAUACAUCUCCGAAGUCUGGUUCAACCUAGGAAGCCUAUACGAGUCGUGCAACAACCAGAUCAGCGACGCCAUCGAUGCCUACGUGAGAGCGCAAGAGCUAGAGCCGCAGAACGCUGCGAUCAAGCAGCGUCUCCAGCUCCUACAGAGCCACAUGAACACGCCUCUCCCACCUCCGCCUGCGCCCGUCGACGUCCACCCGUCGCAGUACAGCGGAGCGACUCCGAGCGCGGGUUACGCGCCCAAUGGCAGCCAGCCUGGCUCUCCGCCACCAGGCCACGGACCUGCUCCAGGUCCUCAGGUUGGCCUAGACGCUCGCGAGCAACCGCCUCCGCCAGGAUCUGGGCGCGAACUCCCUUCACUCCCAACCGACUAUCGUGGCCCCGAGCCGUCGUCGUUCCGUGGUGGCGCUAUCCCACCACCGCUCGCCCACGUCGACGAGUCGCGCGGAAACAUGUCCCGACACGCCCCCUUGGCGCCUAUCGACAUAGACCGCCAGCAGGAGCCGCCCCGUGAGAUGCGCGAAAGUUACCGUGACGGCCCCAACUUUGCUGGUGGCGCACCUGGGCCUAACCGCUUUGACCCAACCACUGACGGUCGUGGGGGAUCGCCGCGACGACGCCAGGCGGAGCCUGGUGCCCCGUACCCACCGGGAUACCCUCCUCAGCAGCACCCGGGGUAUCGCGACCGUGAGCGCGAGGACUGGGAACGUCGCGGUGGUGACCCUCGCGCCGUACCGGCCCACGACCCCCGCGGACCAUCGCCGAGGCCCGGCCUGCAUCCGGCUGACCCACGGGCAGGGCCACCUCGCGACCCUCGCGACCCACGAGACCCGCGCGAGUUUGCUCGCUCACCCGAAGGGUACCCUCCUUACGGCGGCCCGCAGUACGAGCGUGGUGGGCCGUACCCACCUGGCUACCCGGGCCCCCGGGAUCUGCGCGCGCGAGAGAGGUUUGAGGAGCCUGAGAGCAAGCCGCCCAUCGACUUUAGCAACGGCCGCCAGGCGUCCUUGGCGCGCGAGCACGGUGAUAUGCGCGCCCCGUCUCCGGCGGCGUCUACCAGCAGCAAAGCCAGCGCGCGCCGCAAAGUGUCGGACAAGCGCGAGGACCCUACCCGCAAGAUGAAGAAAGCGCCUGACUCGAAGGGCCGUCGCCUGAACGGCGAGGAGCCAAGUCCGCGGCCCAGCCCCGCGCCAUCGAGUGUGCGCGCGUCUGCGCCCAACCGCGCUAUUGACGAGGAUUAUGACGAAGGUGUUGAUGCUCUAAUGACUCUGGCCAACGACCGUCGCGCGCCUUCGGUCGCAACGGACAAGGCGCCGAGCCCGGUAAUUGGCACCAAACGCCCGGAUCCGCCCUCGCCUGACAUGCACAGCAACAAGAAGUCCAAGGCAUCGCCACCGGUCGGCAGCCCGACGCGCCAGACCGUCAUCGAGGUACUGAACGCGCCGCGACCACCGCCGCCGCCCACCGUCGAGCGCGCCGAGUCGAACGCGAGCAUCGAGGUGCUGAAUGCGCCGCGCGUCCAGUCGAACACGGACUUCAUGAAACUUGGGCGCGACAAGGACCGUCGGUCGCCAGAGCGCCCCGCAGCUCGUCAGCAGCCGUCGGCGCCGACCUCUCCUUGGGAGCGCGAACGCCGCGAGCGCGGUGAGCGUGAACAGAGAGUUCAGCGCGAAGAGGAGAAGAAGGACGAGACCAAGUCGCCAAAGUCGCCAGUGAAGCGGAGCCAGUCGGACGACCGUGCCAUGCCGCGCUCACCGUCGAUCGUUCGCUCGCCUACAGCGGAGAAGGCUCCGUCGAGCAAGACCAGUGUUGUCGGUGCCAAGGCUCUGUCGAGCAAGGGCAGCGUGUCUGGUGACAAGCCUCCUUCGAGCAAGGGUAGCCCGAUGGACGUGGCGAUGGACAAGGAGGAGAAGGUACCAUCCAAGCCCACCUCUGCUUUUGGGGACGACGGGGACGUAGAGAUGGAGGACGCGGAGAAGUAG